AUGAUUGCCUGGUUGACGGACAAUGAGACCAAGGAAGACCCCACUCAUGCAGUAACAUUCGCAGCUCCUACCGUCAAGCUCACCAGUAAAUUCGCUGCGCUCGACGAGGCUGGUACUGUGCAUGUCUGGGGCGAAAAGAGCACUGUUCAACCCACCGAUUCACCGGACGAGGAUGAAGCGUUCGAAGAGGCAUGGAAUCGCUAUGUCCCUUUUGGUGAUGCAACCCAACGAUGGCCGUCUCGACCGCCUGAAGCGCUGGAUUACACGCCCCGGAGCUUACCACUGCCGCCUAUCAAGAAGCUGGCUACAGGAAGAUGUUACAAUGUUGGUAUCUCUCGUGCAGGACAGCUGUUCGUCUGGAGCUACAAAUCGGAGAAAUGGCCCGAAAUCGGAGAUGUUAAUCUGAUGAGCGCUGCCGAGUUCAGGAAGCAGGCAUUACGACUGAUACUGUCAGCUGCCUCCAGAUCGUCGAUGCAGCUGCGGGACGGCGCAUGUUGUAGCUUUGACGGCGGAUGGAUCGCUUUUGGCUGCGGGCGAUGGGCUCAAUGGACAAUUGGGCAUAGGGACCAGGCAGUUUGA